AUACAAAUUUUCUUAUAAAACCUAAAUUAUUAAGAGCACAAAUGUUCAUAGAUCAAGGUAGAGUUGAAACCUUUUCCUGCAGUUUCAAAGGAUGGCUUCAAAUCCAGGGUUGCUCACUGACUGGCCAUGGAAGAAACUUGGUGGCUUUAAGUACGGGAUUUUGGCGCCAUUGGUUGCACAUAGCUUGUACUCUUUCGCUACUCAAGAGAAAGCUGAAAGAGAUGUUACCAACUUCCUUGUUCUCCCCUUUCUCUUGUCAAGAAUGAUCCAUGCUCAGUUGUGGACUUUACUCUCUCGACGCAAAACAGCCAUCGCGAGGAACAGGAUAACUGAUAAGGAAAUUCAGUUUGAUCAAUUUGUGAGGGAAAUGAAUUGGGAUGACCAGAUAGUGAUGAACGGACUUGUGUUAUAUGCCGGGGGCUGGAUCCUUCCUGGGGCUUCGAAACUGAGCAUUUACAGAAGUGAUGGUAUCAUAAUUACCAUUUUACUUCAUGCCGGGCCUGUUGAGUUCGUAUACUACUGGCUCCACAGAGCACUGCACCACCACUAUCUCUACUCUCGUUACCAUUCUCACCACCAUUCCUCCAUUGUUACCCAGCCCAUCUCAUCUGUUAUUCAUCCCUUUGCAGAGCACCUAGUCUAUUUUCUGCUGUUUGGAGCACCUGUAACUGCCACAGUACUGAAUGGAACAGCUUCGGUAGUGUCCAUCUUCGGAUACAUCACGUUUAUUGAUCUCAUGAACUACAUGGGCCACUGCAACUUUGAGUUCAUACCGCCUCGCAUCUUCUCCAUAUUUCCUCCAUUCAAAUACAUAUUCUAUACUCCCUCGUAUCAUUCCCUCCAUCAUACUCAAUUCCAGACAAAUUAUGCAUUAUUCAUGCCACUUUAUGACUACAUUUACGGAACCAUGGAUGAAGGCAGCGACGCGUUGUUUGAAGCUUCAGCUAGACGCAAAGAAGUAACACCUGAUGUAGUUCAUCCUACAAUAUUGUGAAGACUAGCUAUAUGAAUUCAGAUGGAUCAUAUCUUGAAGGAUGUUUUUGAUGGUUUAGUGUUUCCGUCAGUGAAUAAUGUGUUUCCAGUUGGUUUCGGAUUGUUGGACCAUUUGGUUUCCAGCCUUCUACCUCACUCCAGUAUCAAUUCGCUAGCUGCGUUUAGACUCUUAAUUAUGAACUUUAUUCUGAUGUAAUGCAACAACAUAUAAUUUCUUGUUUAUCUAUCGCUUUGAGUUUAUUUAAUA